AUGAGCCACCCGAUGGUCCCACCAAUCAAUCUCGUUGGCCCAACAGUUGAGCCUUAUCCGGGCACAUUCUGUCUGCCGCAAAUUCCGUUGCCCGCCAACAUCAGUGUCAAAGUCGGCGACAAUGCUACCAUCCAGCUUGUCGAAAUCGCAAAACACGGAGCUGCAUUAUAUAACUGCGUCGACAUCACCUUUGCCGAGCCAGAGGAUGUCCCGAAAAUCACCAGAGAAAAUUGCUUCAAUUCGACAAACAUAACCGCGCAGUAUGUAUACACCGUGGAUGUCGAUAGGACAAUUAACGGGUCGUCGGCGAAUCCCACCCAGAUUUUGCGCAAUAGCGCCCUUAUCAUUCCGUUGCUGCUAGUCGGCUAUUUUGGAAAUUUCUUUUGA